GAACAUCUCGGCAAAGAUCUUCAUCGCCUCUGGUCGUCGUCGGCGUGGGUGCGUUGUCCGCGAGUUUGUGAAAGGAACGUGUGCACGUGUGCGCUUUGGUGUGUUUGCGUGUGGAACGCAUGAUGGUGUCCUUCGUACUUAUCGGGACCAUCAUCGCGGUAGUACUGCAGCACCAUGGUCUGGCCGUGGGCCAAAAUACAGGGCCGACACUGGCCUGCGGUGGCACUUCGCUACUGAAGACAACGACGCUCAUCGCUCCGCAGAAUGCGGCCACCAACGGGUUGACGUGCGUCUACACCAUCCGCUCGCUGAAUCUACGCAUCUGCCAGCUUCGCCUCGACUUUAACUCGUUCAGCCUCGCUCAACCGACGCUCGAUCCGUACCCGACGUGUAUCAACGAUGUGCUGACGGUGGACAAUUUGAACUUCAAUCUUUGCGGCGAAAACUCGGGCCAGCACGUGUAUGUUCCAUUCAACCCAACGAACGCCGAUCGUACGAUGACGAUAACGUUCCGGAUCGCAAGCCGCGCCCAGAUUCCGACGCUCACCAAUCCGCACUGGAGUGUGCGCGUGCAGCAACUGGAAUGUCCGACGGGACUACCGGCCGGUGGUUUACGCUCACUUCUCGAACCCGAACCAACGCUCAACGCUCAAGAUGCCGCCCCAAGGACCACUCACGAUCUGGGUGCAUUGGCUCCGGUUGGUUGUCUUCAGUACUUUACCGCACCGAGCGGCAUGGUGGAAUCGUUCAAUCUCGGUGCCAACGGUGUCGGUCCGUAUCUUGGGGAUUUGAGUUACGCCAUCUGCUUCCAGCGGACCCGUUCGACGAGCAGGCUACAGUUCACGGCGACCACCUUCGAAAUGGGCUAUAGCGCUAAUCCGACCGCGACAAACCUUGGGUUCGACGAACUGUGUUACUCGAACGUAGCCUCUCCGGGCCGCUCCGAGGACAAUCUGCACAUUCCGAAUGCGGGCGUUCAGCUGCCGACACUGCCACGGCUGCGUGCGGAACGGUUCUGUAGCCGUAGCCUGCUGAAUGGGGACGUUGAGGUAACAUCCCCGGGACCGUUUACGAUGUACUUCAACAGCGAUCGGCAGUUUGAUGCGUUCCGUCCGGAAACUGGCUUCCGGCUGCACUAUCAGUUGUCCUAGGCAGCAUCCAUCCACCGGUCAAGAACGAUUCCUUCUACUUCCUCCUGUUAAGUGCCCCAGCAACGAGCAUCCUGAGGUUCAGACCGAGAGAACGUUCAACAGCCAGCCAGCCAGUUGGCGUUUUUUGAAUUUGAAUAAAGCUUGCUCUACCGUUUCCA